AUCAAGUUCUUUUUCGAUUGAGCGGCGCUAAGAAUAAAUCUUGGAAAAAAGGAAGUAGGAAUCUAUCAUUGGAAGUCAGGAUGGUAGUUAUAAAGCAGUAUCCCCUGGAUAACUGCCAGCUGUUUUAUGAUGUAAAAUUAGAACUGGAGAGUUAUUCAGAAGCAACGAAGGAUUUGAGUUCUAUAAUAUAUUUCGGAGGAAAUGAAACGCAUGUUUCGGAAGUGUGCCAACGAGUGUUUUCUUGCCUGGCGGAGGACGAACUUAUCGUUGAAAUCCCACAUGAAUUCCGUCCGAUGGAAAUGGUCAGGGAGUGUUCAUGUCCUGAGGCGAAGAAUGACUAUCGCGGGCUGUUCGUCUUGCUACUAGUAAACACUGCCACAGAGAUUCCAUCUGGGGAAGCCACAUGGGGCAUGACGUGCGUUCAUCUGGUGGCACAGCUUCCUAUGAUGCCACAGUUUCUUACCGUAGCCAUAUACCUGCGCUGCGCCAUGGCAGAUGUCCUCGAGGAGUUUCUUUCAUGCGGCCCCCGUUGGGUCACAAUUCAAUAUUUUGAGACCCUUAACCAGGUUCUGGGCAAACUUUGCAAAGACCGCAUGGACAUCAUUCCUCAUCUAUGGUCCUGUGUCCGAGCUGCUGGCGAAUCCAUCGUGUUUUACAACAUCCCGGAAGCCAAUAAGGUGCUAAUCCGUCAUAUUGCGGGCCUUUUACAACAAUAUUUGAUCGACAGCCAGGAUAUCUUGAAUGAAAUUCACCCGGAUAGGCGCAGCAAAUACCUGGCUGAGGCAAUGUCUGAAAUAAUGAGUGUCAUUAUAAGGGCCCUCGAUGAGAAAGCUGUGGGUCGCGAGCCGCCACCGUAUUUUGAAUUCUACAGAGAAUUAAGCAUCGAUCUUAUCUCGUCCUAUGACCCAGAUCCAAGGCCUGAUCUGCGCCGCUUUGCCAAUGUGCUGUUGGAUGCCCUCCAGCGCAUACUACAGUUGGUGAGCGUAAACGUUUACAUGGACUGGGUGGACCUCAAAUCGCCCCGACUCCUGUACAAUUAUCAGGAGCUUAUAUGCGACCAGGUAACACAGUUGCUCGAUAUAUUGAAAAAGCCGGAAAACUCUGAACUGGCCAUUCACUCGGUUUGUGCGCAACUAAAGCCAUUUACGGGAAACGUCAAGUCCUUGACGGAACGUCUCGCCGAACUGACUAUUGGUGAUUUGCUCGUAUACCUUGAUGGUGAAGGGAAGGAAGAACCCUCCGAAGAAGGCAAGAUUGCAGGUCUGAACGAGCUCUUCACCCGCUCGAUCGCCUUUGGCAACGAGGAGUGCGUGUGGACUAUGAAUAGCCACUUGCAUCUGUUGAACAUGGAACACGGUCGCCAGAUACUUCACUAUCUCAGUCAGGUCGUGCUUGCCAGGAAGGCCGAAAAAAUGGCGCAAUUAUCUAACGUGAUGGACGCCGCUCAAGGCGAUACUUCCGAAACAAUCACUGAAUACUCGCCGGAUCUCACGGACGAAGAGGAGGAGUACGAACCGCUCAUUCGCCUCAUUUUGCAUCCGAUCUUUGAUAAUUGCUCCAAGAAAGAAAAGGUCUUGAUGCUCGAGAUGCGCGACGAACUUCGAGUCACCGAAUUUUUCGACUUUGAAUCCAGCGGCCACACUAACAAGCGCAUUAGGUUCUUUAACCAGCUGGAGAUGAAUGGCGACUUUCCCAUGACCGACUUCCUGUUGCUAUGCUACGAGAAGCCAGAUGAGACCUGGGUGGAUCUGGCCCGACUAGCCAUGACCCACGAAAAAUAUGCAUUGAUGUUCUGGCGCAUGGCUUCUCUUUGCUCGCGGCAUUCCGUGAAUUACAUGGAACUCUGCGCCCAAAAGCUGUUAUUAGAUGAGCGCUUGCUUCUGAAGCCCAACGCUCAGAAAUUCUUGUUAGCCCUGUACUUUCACAAGCCCAUCCUGAACGGAUUGAGAUACACAUCUGGUCACAAAUACUUUGUGAACCUUAAUGGCGAAAAGUUUUCAUACCGCAAGGAGAAUUUAAAUUGGGGCGUUACCGCGUACCUGAGCUACUGCGGCAUGGCUCUCGAUACGUUCGGAUCAGGGAGCAACCCUAAUUACCAAGCUCUAGAAUGCAUCCUCAAUUUGCUCAUGCAGCUGAACACCGCCGAGGUGCUUCUACAAGAGGCCAGUCGCGAACAGCUCCGAAAUAUAGAGCGGGACAGUUCUGUAACUCCCCAGGUCCUAGAAGAGGCCAGAAACUAUGCUGAAAUGCACGCCAACAUGCGAGGAUUGCGUGUCCGCCACUUGGAACUCAUCACCAAAAUGAUGGGCUGCAUGGACCAGCUGCGCUGGAAUCUCUCCACCUUCGACCCGGACCGAGUCCGGAUCCUUGGCACCGCUGUAAAGUACUGGAAGCAAAGCAUGCCCAUUGAGAUGUAUGUCGACGAAGAAUUGCGCCGGAAAAUAGCCGAGGUGGUCUUGACCCUUAAACAUUCGGAGGUGUAUGCAGCCGAAGAGCUGAAGGUGCAGUCCCCAAACUAUCUGAAGGAAUUUAUAGUUCUGGUUACCCAAUCUUCUGCCGAGGAGGCCACCCUACUCUUCGGUCGCUGCCUUGAGGCCGGCAAAGACCAGGCCAUUUGGAGCUUGCUGAGCAAGGUAGUGCAGCAAGUUGAUUGCGCCACCGCAUAUGGGGCUUUCAGCUUCCUUUUCCGUCGCUACAUGAUCGCCUUCCGUAAGCACCAUUUCCGUCGUACCAACAAGAAGAAGUUCCAUCUCGACAGCCUAUUGGCCAUUGUGGCUGUGUCCCCGCCGCCGGUUCGCCAAGAGACCUGUAAACUGGUCGAUAAGUUGUUCCUCUGCAAGCCACGCCAGCGUGCCAUCCGCGCCGCCCGCACCAAGCAUGCCAAGAAGGCCAGUCCUUAUUAAAAACGUAACAGAAAGACUUUCUGAUCGCCACAAGGGAAUAGUAUUUAAUAUUUAUAACAGAACCGACGUGUGAUUUUGGUAGCUAUGAUUAUGAUUACCAAGUAAAUAAUCCGAAAUAAACUAUUUCCUAGCCCAAGUA